AAAACUAAAAAAUAAAAUUUGAGGGAAAGAGGAGGCUCUGACUGCAUCUUCUUCUCGGCUUUCUGGGUAAAGUAAGAAUUUAGUUGGCAGAGAUUGAUAGGAGAAGUGGAGAGAGAGGGAGGGGGAUGAUGGAGGAUCGGGGGCUUCUGCCGCUGGUGUUCAUCAGCACCUGCAUUCUGGGUUGGAUGCUCAUUGCUGUCAAUGGGCAGACAGAUCAAACUGAUGUUGCCGCUUUGCAGGCUAUGUUUACUGGUAUGAACUCACCCUCCCGGCUAGGUUGGCAAGCAAAUGGUGGUGAUCCCUGUGGACAGCCUUGGAAAGGCAUUACUUGCUCAGGCAAUAGAGUUACAGAGAUUAAGUUGCCUAAUCUUGGAUUAUCCGGAUCAUUCGGUUACCAGUUACAAACCAUGACAUCUGUGACCACCCUAGAUAUGAGUCACAAUAAUUUUGUAGGUGCCGUACCAUACCAACUUCCACCAAAUUUGCAGAGAUUAGAUCUCUCCAAUAACCAAUUCACUGGGAGUUUGCCGUAUUCGAUUUCUGACAUGGCUUCUCUUACAUACCUAAAUGUUGCUCACAAUCAACUACAGAAUGGACUGAGUGACACGUUUCAAAAGCUUUCUAAGCUAGCCACACUGGAUCUCUCUUUCAAUUCUCUGUCAGGCAGCCUUCCUCAGAGUUUCAGCUCACUUUCAAGCAUGAACAACAUGUAUCUGCAAAACAACCAGUUUGCAGGGACUAUUGAUGUCCUCGCCAAUCUGCCUCUUGAUAGUCUGAAUGUGCAGAACAACCGUUUUACAGGCUGGAUACCAGAACAGCUGAAAAGCAUUGACCUCCAGACAUCAGGAAAUACGUGGAACUCAGGUCCUGCCCCUCCUCCACCUCCUGGGACGCCCCCUGCAAGGAGAAGGAACCGGCAUCACAACUCUGAUGGAAGUAAUAGCUCUUCAGAUGGCACCAGCGGUGGGGAGAAAAAAUCUGGUAUAGGAGGCGGCGGUAUUGCUGGAAUAGUGAUCUCCAUCCUUCUUGUUGGGGCGGUAGUUGCUUUCUUUUUGGUGAAAAGAAGAUCCAGGAAGUCAUCUCCAGAUAUAGAAAAGCUCAACAGUGAGCCUUUUGCUCCUCUCAAUUCAAACGUAGCGCAUGAAGUGAAGUCUGUGCAACCUCCCUCUGUAGUUGACAUGAAGACAUUUGAUACGUCCGCCUCAGUAAAUAUUAAACCCCCACCUAUUGAACGUCACAAAUCAUUUGAUGAAGAUGAAUUUUCCAAGAAGCCAAUUAUUGUCAAGAAAACUGUAAAAGCUCCAGCAAAUGUGAAAUCAUAUUCUAUAGCAGAUCUACAGAUCGCCACUGGGAGCUUCAGUAUGGAUCACCUCCUUGGGGAGGGAUCUUUUGGGCGUGUUUAUCGGGCUCACUCUGAUGAUGGAAAGGUUCAUGCUGUGAAGAAAAUUGAUUCAUCUAUCCUUCCCCAUGAUUCAGAAGAUUUUAUGGAAAUAGUUUCAAACAUCUCCAAGUUGCACCAUCCAAAUGUAACAGAGCUUGUUGGUUAUUGUUCAGAGCAUGGACAACACCUCCUAGUCUCUGAGUUUCAUAAAAAUGGAUCGCUACAUGACUUCCUUCACUUACCAGAUGAAUAUAGCAAACCAUUAAUAUGGAAUUCCCGUGUCAAGAUUGCUUUGGGGACUGCACGUGCUUUGGAGUACCUGCAUGAAGUUUGUUCACCAUCAGUUGUUCAUAAGAAUAUUAAGUCGGCCAACAUAUUGCUUGAUGCGGAGCUCAAUCCUCAUCUCUCGGACUCAGGAUUGGCAAGCUAUAUUCCGAAUGCUGACCAGGUCUUGAACCGUAAUGCUGGAUCUGGGUAUGAUGCACCUGAAGUUGCUUUGUCUGGUCAAUAUACUUUGAAGAGUGAUGUUUACAGCUUUGGAGUUGUUAUGUUGGAGCUUCUUAGUGGACGGAAACCAUUUGAGAGCACAAGGCCAAGAUCCGAGCAAUCUCUGGUGCGGUGGGCAACACCUCAACUCCAUGAUAUUGAUGCAUUGGCUAAAAUGGUUGAUCCUGCUCUGGAGGGGCUAUACCCCGUUAAGUCCCUUUCUAGGUUUGCUGAUGUCAUUGCGCUGUGUGUUCAGCCGGAGCCUGAAUUCCGACCACCUAUGUCAGAGGUGGUUCAAGCAUUGGUUCGCUUAGUGCAGCGAGCUAACAUGAGCAAGAGGACAUUUGGACCAGAUCAAGGAGGAUCCAAUCGAGGAGGCGACGAUCAAGACACACAAGAUAUGUAAAUUGGAAUAGAACCUGUGCUUGUAAAAUGACAAUAAUAGUAUUUAUUUAUUUUCAUUUCUUUUUAACCCCUCAGCGAUACCUCUUUGCGGGUCAGAUUGAUUUCUGUUUUGAUUAACAGGGUUGGACAAUUGGUGCUGUAUUUUGUUUAAGUUCUUUCAUUGUUGAUAUUAAUAUGCAAUAAUGAUUAAACUGGUUCCAAUUCUUAAGCUCUGUUGAGAACUUGAGAAUUGAGAUUGAUGAUUGCCUUCCUUCUCACCCUA